CUGACAUUCUGCUUAGCCUUCAUCAGGCACCAGUCACAUUGCUAUCCAUGUGCUGCAGACAUGUUUCAUAUUGACAGCUGGUUCCAGUAACUCUUCACUUUGACACAGAGCAAAUUACCAUCUUCCAUAAGAAAAAUGGAGCAAAGAACUGAGAUUGCACCGCUCCUAAAAAUGGACUUAGACAUCUCAGACUGGAUGAUUAACAUUACAGCACCGAAAGAAAGCAAUUACAAUGGAAUGUCAUUUUGUGAAGUUGUGUCUCGUACUAUGACUUUUCUUUCCCUCAUCAUUGCCUUAGUUGGGCUGUUUGGAAAUGCCACAGUGUUAUGGUUUCUGGGCUUCCAGAUGAGCAGGAAUGCCUUCUCUGUCUACAUCCUCAACCUUGCUGGUGCUGACUUUGUCUUCAUGUGCUUUCAAAUUGUAAAUUGUUUUUAUAUUAUCUUAGACAUCUACUUCAUCCCCGCUGAAUUUCCUUCAUCUUCCACUGUGGUGUUAAACUUUGCUUAUCUUUGCAGUCUGAGCAUCCUCACUGUCAUUAGCACUGAACGCUUCCUAUCCGUCAUGUGGCCCAUCUGGUACCGCUGCCAACGCCCAAGGCACACAUCAGUUGUCAUAUGUACCGUGCUUUGGGUCUUGUCCCUGGUGUUGAGCCUCUUGGAAGGAAAGGAAUGUGGCUUCCUAUCUUAUACCAGUGACCCUGGUUUGUGUAAGACAUUUGAUUUAAUCACUACUGCAUGGUUAAUUGUUUUAUUUGUGGUUCUCUUGGGAUCCAGUCUGGCCUUGGUGCUUACUAUCUUCUGUGGCUUACACAAGGUUCCUGUGACCAGGUUGUAUGUGACCAUUGUGUUUACAGUGCUUGUCUUCCUGGUCUUUGGUCUGCCCUAUGGGAUCUACUGGUUCCUCUUAGAGUGGAUUAAGGAAUUUCAUGAUAAUAAACCUUGUGGUUUUCGUAACGUGACAGUAUUUCUGUCCUGUAUUAACAGCUGUGCCAACCCCAUCAUUUACUUCCUUGUUGGCUCCAUUAGGCACCAUCGGUUUCAACGGAAGACUCUCAAGCUUCUUCUGCAGAGAGCCAUGCAAGACACUCCUGAGGAGGAAGAAUGUGGAGAGAUGGGUUCCUCAAGAAGACCUAGAGAAAUAAAAACUGUCUGGAAGGGACUGAGAGCUGGUUUGAUCAGGCAUAAAUAGCUUUGAAAAACAGCUUUGUCCUUAACAGUUUGUAGAAAUUUCAUAACUUUGUUUAGUUGUUAACCCAAGGUUAACUCAGUUGGGAAAGUAGUCAAUUUUGUAGAAGUUGAUUGAUAUUGAACUUCCUAUAAAUACUGAGUGCAGCAUUUUUGCAUCUAUGUUGCUCAAAUCUUUACCAACUCCAUUUGAUGGGACUCCUUAUAAGCUCUAUGGGGUCCAGGAGAGCUGUUGACCACAAUUGACAAACCCCUUCUUCAGAAGAAAACUCAAGAAAGUGCAAUGAAAAGUUAUAUUUCUUUGCUCACUUAAUUUGAUAGUGGUUAAAUCCUUGUUAUACUUUGAAAAAAAAUCCUGUUUUAAAAUGAACUUUUUUUCAAUGUUGAAGGGCUAAAUAGAUAAGUAAUAAUCACAGAACUUACUAAUUUCUGUAGGUUUUAAUAAAUGUAUGUUUGUCUUUCUUAUAUAUAUUUCUUAGUAAAGAAGUAAACAUUCUCAAGAGAAGUCUGUUAAAUCACUAUUCUCCCAGUGGAUUCCUCACCUUCAAGUUCACUAUCUAUUCCAUUUUCAGCAAUGGAAGAGUGGGCUCAGUCUAAUAAUGUGAUCCAUCAACAUACAUGCUCAUGAAAAGGUUGAGAGUGUCUGUCCUCUUUUCUUCCUUUCACAGUGUCCUACUUAGCUUCUCAUGGUUGAGUGUUGACUUUGUCAUGAUUCUCCUUCUCUCUGACUCUUUCCUCAUGAUAUUUUUCCAAUCAGGUCCUCUAUAACAGGUUCCCUUGAUAUCAAACUUGUUUUAAAUUUAUACCAUUUCAGGAGUGAGUAGCAUCUAAAAACUUAAUUAUGUAAUGUUUAGUAAAAUUUUCUAUAAAACAGUUUUUCAAUUUUAAAGCUGCAAUGUGUGAUAAAUUCAAUUGCAGUACAAUUAAGAGAAUAGAAUAUCAACAGAUUAAUGUAAAAAAAUCAAGAUUUUAAGUUAAUAUAGCUAUAAAACCUAAUUAAGACACAAAACACUCUUUUAUAUUUCUUAAUUUUUAUUUCUCCUCCAGUCAAAAUUUUUUUAUAUCAGAAGUAAAUAUGCUGUCCAUAUUUUUGUUGCAAACUAAAAUUUACAGUGCAAAUUAAAGAUUGUAGCAUGAUGUUUGAUAUACAUGUAGCUAAAUGGUUGUUAUAGUUGAACAAACUAACAUAUACAGCAGGUCAUGUAAGUAUUCAUUUUUCUCCUUUUUCUCCUCACCAUGUCUCCAUUCCUCACUUUUGGAAUGGAUGGUAAUGUAUGAUCUAUGCCUCUGUAUGUGGGAAACAAGUACUGUGCUUUUUUGAUUUGAUAAGGAGUUACAAUUAAGAGAUUGCCUUGAGUAUCAUAAGAGACUUUGGACUUUUAAACUGUGUUUGUACUGUGAAAGACUAUGAGAACUUUUCAAGUUGGACUUAGUGUGUUUUCUACUGUGAUAUAGCUACAAAUUUACAUGGUCCAAGAACUGGAAUGUGGUGAUGUACCUGAAAAAUUUCCUCUACAGUCUUAUUUUGGAAUUCUUGGCCCCAGGUUGGUGGAACUGUUUGGGAUGGAUUAAAAUGUGUGUCCUUGUUGGAACAUAUCUCAGUAGGGGUAAUCUUUGAGGUUUCAAAAGCCAGUACUAUUCCACAUCAGCUCUUUAUCUGCCUCAAGCUUGAGAGUCAGAUAUAAGCUUCUGGCAACUGCUCCAUUGCCAUGCCAACCUGUCUGCCUCUUCUCAGGCUUCUGGCUAUGAGGGUCAUGGAUUCCACCCCAUGAGAAUUAUGAGAUAUCUUAUGAAAUAUUUUGUAUGAGUAGACUUUGUCAUCACAGAAACAGAAAAAUAAUUAUGAAACUUUCUUUUACUUUAUAUUUUGUUUUUUUUUUUUUUGAGACAGAGUUUCUCUGUAUAGCCCUGACUGUACUUGGAGCUCACUUUGUAGGCCAGGCUGGCCUCGAAAUCAGAGAUCCACCUGCCUCUGCAUCCCGAGUGCUGGGAUUAAAGGAGUGCACCACCAUGCCUGGCUGCUAAUGUUUUUCACCUUCUAAGAAAGAUUUGAUAAAAAGUGCAUUAUUUCCUUAUAUAUAGUCAUAUAUAGUCAUUAUAUAGAUACUGACACUUUAAAAUAAUUCUACUUCCAAAUGAAAUGAUGUCAUAUGUUUCUCUUUACAUUUACUUCCAUAAUACAGCAUGACAUAUAUUAAAUCUUCAACAUGUAAUAAAUAACCUGAUACCCGGGUUCUUAACAGUAGAGUAAUCAUGUUCUGUAUGUAACUCCCACAGUUUCACAAUUGAUUCCUUCAUUGUUCCUUAUCUGACUUGUUCCUCUAGCUUGAAUAUUGUGAAGCAAAUAUAAAGACAUAACAAUGUUGCUACUAGAUGCCUAUUUUUAAAUAAAGCCACGUCAGAUUAAAAUUAAAUGAUGGACAAAGAUAUGUUACUAGGAUACAUGCUCUCCCUUAUUUUCUGGUCUUCUACAGUCUUUCUGCUUUCCUAUUCCUCAAUGUUUUCUGAACAUCAGGUGUGGGAGUCAUUUAUACAUGAAUUCCUUUUAACUGGGCUCCAUAUAUCUGCAUUUUUUUCUGAUUUUCCUUAGUUGUCGUUGUCUUUGUUACAAAGAGAACUUUUCACAAUGAGAGGUGAGGACUAAACUUAGAUGUGGGUAUAAGAACAAAUAUAUAGAAUGAACUUAGGAAUUAUGUUAAUGAAUACAGCAAUGGUUGUAGAUUUCCCUCCAAAAUUCAUAACUUCACCAGCCCUGAAUAAAUAGCUAGGUUUCCCAUGUCACAUAUGAUUUCCCCUUUUGAUCACAUGUUAAGUCUAAUUGGAGAACUGUUGAUUACUACAGAGUUAUGUAAGGUAUCUGUGCAGCCUUAGGAUUAUUAUGCCUUGAUAGCAUUUGAUGAUAUUCGUAGGCAUCAUAACUGUACAUGACUACUAAUCACUUCCUUCCUUUAGAAGCUUGCAUGGUAUGUUCUGGUACAUGAAUG